AUGACGGGAAAAUACCUUUUGACCGGAGGAUAUGUGGCGACCUUGGACGACUCAAUUGGCGACUUCGCCAAGGGCGCCGUAUUAGUCGUGAAUGGUAUCAUCGAGGCAGUGGGAAAUGUCGAAGACCUCUCCACCACCGACGCCGAAAUAAUCGAUACAACUGAUGGCGUGGUGAUUCCCGGUAUGGUAGACACCCAUCGACAUGCCUCUAUGGCUCUGACUCGCGGCUUGGGAGCCGACCAAUCGUUGCUUCAUUUCCUCUCCAACACCUACCUCCGAUGGCUGCCAGCUACUGGAGUCAAAGACAUGCAUCUAUCCGCUUUUGUUGGCGCCCUCGAAGCUCUUGAUUGUGGCGUCACGACCAUCAUUGAUACAUGUGAAUCGUUCCAUUCCAAAGAGCACGCCGAGGCGGAGCUCGAGGGUCUGAAAGAUUCCGGAAUUCGGGCGUUUUUUGCCUACGGCAUGAGUGAUGGCGAAUACAACGGAGCUCCCAUUGGCCAAGAUGCGUGGAAAGCUCGGUUGGACCACCUCGCCGAAAUGCGUGCAGCGAACCCAUCCAGCGAGAGCCUGGUCCAGGUGGCGUUGCAGCUCAGUAUUCCGGGAACUGUUCCUUUCAAUCUAACGGCUGCCGAAAUCAAGUUUGCCCAGGAGAACAACAUGCUGUGUUGUUCUCAUUCGUGCGGUCUUAACAAUUCGGUUAUCUCCACUGGCCUUGAUGAAAGGGCUGAUAGUGGUCUGAUGUUGCCGGGUCAUGUCUAUAUCCACUGCACAAACCUCUCGGAGCGCCAGGUCAAGCUUAUCGCAGAAACCAAGGGUAAAGUAUCUAUUGCGAUGGAAACAGAUAUGCAAAUGGGCAUGGGCAUUCCGCCCAUUAGGUUUUGUCUCGAGCACGGCAUUCAACCGUCACUAAGCAUCGACACCUCCGCCGCCGUUGCGCCGGAUCUGUUGUCUCAGAUGCGCCUAGCGUUGCAAACGCAGCGCUUCCUAGACAACCUAACCAUCCACUCCCGGCGCCAAAUUCCAUUGCAUUUGGAUUACACGGCUCGCGAUGCUUUGCGCUGGGGCACCCGUAAUGGGGCCGAUGCAAUUGGUCUAGGUGACCGGAUUGGCACCAUUACGCCUGGAAAACGGGCAGACCUUGUUUUUCUCUCGAACAAACGUUUUUUGACUCCCUCAGCGUAUCCCGUUGCCACCGCUGUUCUGCACUCAACUGCCGCCGACGUUGACACUGUCAUGGUGAAUGGAGUCAUCAAAAAGCGCGAUGGACAGCUCGUCGGCCAUGACAUUGCGGUAAUCCGCCAGAAGGCCAAGGCUGGACAGCAGCGUAUUCUUGACAAUCUUGCAACAAUGAGAUCGGAAAUGACGCCUGACGAAGUUAGCAAGUAUCUCGAGGAUGCAGAGCGCUCGACCCGGGUUAACCUGGGACAAGCUUACCUCACACAUGUUGCCGGUGAUGGGUUUAGAUCUACUUAA